GGGCGGCGGGCUGCCAUGAGGAGCCGGAGCCGGAGCCGGAGCCAGAGCCGGGCCGGGGGCAUGGGCGGCGGGGCGCGGAGCCUGGUGCUGGCGCUGCUGGCGGCGCUGGCCGGGCGAGCGGCGGGCGCGUCCAAGGCGCCGGUGUGCCAGGAGAUCACGGUGCCCAUGUGCAAGGGCAUCGGCUACAACCUGACCUACAUGCCCAACCAGUUCAACCACGACACGCAGGACGAGGCGGGGCUGGAGGUGCACCAGUUCUGGCCGCUGGUGGAGAUCCAGUGCUCGCCGGACCUGCGCUUCUUCCUGUGCAGCGUCUACACGCCCAUCUGCCUGCCGGACUACAGCAAGCCGCUGCCGCCCUGCCGCUCCGUGUGCGAGCGCGCCAAGGCGGGCUGCUCGCCGCUCAUGCGGCAGUACGGCUUCGCCUGGCCCGAGCGCAUGAGCUGCGAGCGCCUGCCCGUGCUGGGCGACUCGGAGGCGCUGUGCAUGGGCUACAACCGCAGCGAGGCCACCACGCUGCCGCCCUUCUUCGUGCAGCCCACGCCGCCCGAGCCCGUGCUGCCCGAGCCCUGCGCCCGCGCCUGCCGCUGCCGGGAGCCCUUCGUGCCCAUCGCGCCCGAGUCACACCCGCUCUACAACCGCGCCCGUGCCGGGCAGGUGCCCAACUGCGCCGUGCCCUGCUUCCAGCCCUACUUCAGCGCCGACGAGCGCACCUUCGCCGCCUUCUGGAUCGGGCUCUGGGCCAUCCUCUGCUUCCUCUCCACCGCCGCCACCGUGGCCACCUUCCUCAUCGACAUGGAGCGCUUCCAGUACCCCGAGCGCCCCAUCAUCUUCCUGUCCGCCUGCUACCUGCUGGUGUCGGCCGGCUACCUGGUGCGCCUGGUGGCUGGGCAUGCCCGCGUGGCCUGCAGCGCCGACUCGCGCCACGUGCACUACGAGACCACGGGCCCCGCGCUCUGCACGCUGGUCUUCCUGCUCGUCUACUUCUUUGGCAUGGCCAGCUCCAUCUGGUGGGUCAUCCUCUCGCUCACCUGGUUCCUGGCGGCCGGCAUGAAGUGGGGCAACGAGGCCAUCGCCAGCUACUCGCCCUACUUCCACCUGGCUGCCUGGCUGCUGCCCAGCGCCAAGGCCAUCGCCGUACUGGCACUGGGCUCAGUGGAUGGCGACCCAGUGGCCGGCAUCUGCUACGUGGGCAACCAGAGCGUGGACAACCUGCGCGGCUUUGUGCUGGCGCCCCUCGUGCUUUACCUGCUCACCGGCAGUCUCUUCCUGCUGGCCGGCUUCGUGUCGCUCUUCCGCAUCCGCAGCGUGAUCAAGCAGGGUGGCACCAAGACGGACAAGCUGGAGAAACUCAUGAUUCGCAUUGGCGUCUUCAGCCUGCUCUACACCGUGCCCGCCGCUGCCGUCGUGGCCUGCCACGUCUAUGAACAGCACUCACGGGAGCGGUGGGAGCGCGCCCAUGCCUGCGCCUGCCCUGGCGAGCCACCACCUGCCAAGCCUGACUAUGCUGUCUUCAUGCUCAAGUACUUCAUGGGCCUGGCUGUGGGCAUCACGUCCGGCGUCUGGAUCUGGUCGGGGAAGACGCUGGAGUCCUGGCGUCGCUUCUCAGGGCAGUGUUGCCGCAGCACCAAGCCCGCUGGGGCCACCCUGGACAGCAGAGCACUGGCAGCCAGGGCGGGCGCUGCCUACCACAAGCAGGUGCCCUUGUCGCAUGUGUGAGCCACUGGCACUGGGGCACCUGCUGCUUAGCAAGGCCGGGAGGGCAGGGGUGGCGCGGGCAGCACGGUGGGGUCUGCCCAGGGCUGCACCCGCCUCCCUCCCUGGGGAUGCCUAUGCGUAUCCCCAGCCCUGGCUGCCUCCUGCCAGUGGCAAUCCCUUUGGGCUGCUCGCUCCCCUCCCUGCAGCGGGAGCGUCUCACACUUGAGCACUCACCUCAACUGCCCCUGUGGGCUGUGCUGGGGUGUCCCAGAGGUAGCCGGAGGAGCUUGGCCUGUGCACGUGGCUGAGGGACAGGAGGGAUGCAAGGCUCUUUCUGUGCGGGCACUAGAUGGAGGGGGAGCAGAGCUGGUAGGCUUUUACUUUAUCCAGGUUGGUUCUUGUUUUGCACCUCCCCCAGCCUCACUGCUGCCCCAGGGGUGGUAGCACCACUCUUCCCCCCCCUGAGGGCACUUCCCCUCCCCGAGAGGCAUUAGCUGUGCUAGCAGACGCUCUUGGUCUGUAGCCACCACUGCCCUGCCUUUGGACUGACGCAGCUAACUACCUCUCUCAGCCCAUAUGCUGUUAGCCAGCCCUGUCCCUCAUCAGAGCUGUGCUCCUGCUGCCCACCCAGAGCUGCUUGCAUUGUUGUUGGGUUUUUUGCCCCUGCUCCCAGGUCUCUCCCUGGGCUGAUCUGGGAUCUCACAGCUUCCCAAAGGGCUGGUCAUGCUAGUGGGGACCCACCCAGGAAGGGGCAGCCUGGCAGCUCCAUCCUGCACUCCCUGGAAGUGGAAAGAGGGCCAGGGAGGUGCUGUCUGAACAGGAUUUGUCAUUUUCUCUCCUGUCUGGGGAAGGGAGGAAAAGUCUGAACAGGAGGGGAAGGGAGGGGCAGAGCAGGGCGGGAGUGCAGACGUUACAUGCCCUCUUUGCUGUAGAAAACGGGUCCGCAGGGAAACACAGGGUGACUCAGGAGGAAAGGAGCUGAGGGGAUCUGUAAAGCCCAAGGAAAAAAGCAGCAGGACAUAAAUGCAUGGGACUGCUUUCCUGGGCCUGGCCCUGGUCGCUUUCCUGCACCUGCAAAGGCUGUGCUGUGGGCUGCUGUAGCACUCCCGCUCCAGCACCCCAGGACAGCACUAUCCCUUCCCCUCUUAAACCUCCCUGUUUUGCAGUGGCCAGCAUCUCUCACUACCCAGGGUAAAUGCUGAAGAGACUUACCUGAGGCUACUCCCUGGUGGCUGUUGUCGGCAGCCAGAGGCCGUUUACAAGUUAUUAGGCUCCAGGUUAUAUGCGCAUCUUGCAUAAGAGGGGGUAUCACUUGCCUACAUGACACAGCAUCAAGUGCUAUGGUAAUAACCAAGCAAAUAGAGCAAGCAGCUUGUGGGUGGGUCAUUUGCCAGAGAGACACGUGCAAUACUGGCCGCACCGCACUUAGGCAAGCCCUGCACGUGGGGACCUGUCAAAGUAGUGUCCUUUCUUAAACUACAACUCUGAGUAGAGGCCUUUUCACUUCUGUGCCCAACAAAAGGAGCUGUGGCAAGGUGGCAAAAGCUCAGAAAAAGCUAGGAUCUCUCUCCAUACUCAACCUGUGCAUAUCCCCUCAGAACUCAGUUUAGGUCUGUCUAUACUACCUCAGGUGAUCACCCCAACACAGGACAUUAGAGAACAACUGCUCGGGCAACCCAUCCCCCUCCCAAAGGGACUGCAGAACUUAAAAGCUGCCACCUCACUUUGAGGAAAAAAGCAGGGGAGGUGAACCAUGGUGGCAGUACCCAAAGGAUCGCCACACCUUGCUUGUGGGUGUGUGCAUGCACACAAAUGAGAGAGUCUGAACAGGCAGCCAGGUAACUUAGCUCACCGCCAUUGUCAUCUGCUCCUCAAUAACAGAGGCUCCCAGUAGCUUUGUGACAGGCUUCAUUUAGUCCAGCAUGCUAUAGUAUUUCUCCCUGGCUGAACUUCACCAGGCUCUGUUACAAACUGUAUAUACUUGUAGUAUUGGAUCCAUUUUGUAAAUAGGACAGAUUUUGUGAACUUUGAUACGGGUUUGAUACUGGUGUAGUCAAUGAGGCGGCUUUGGCACAGAUCCACUAAGCAGUAGUGUCAUAUAGUCCAGGGCGUUAAAUAACGUUACACUGACUGCAUCCCCCUCUAGGAAUACUCAUCUCUCUUUAGUGCCUUUUGUAGAUACAGCUCAGCACACCUCAUGCAAUAAAUGAACAAAAUCAUGUCAAAAGUUCACUCUUUCCAUGUGUGUGUAUAACUGGCCCUGCCUAACCUUUAAAAACCCAUCAUCAGCUACAAACUGCCAACUCUACUGGGGGUGGGAAGGGAAACAAGUAUGAUUUCAGCUCUGGUCCAAUGACAGGUUGGUAAUGCAAGCAGUCAAAAAAGCCAAAACACUGCAUUUGGGGCUGGAUUCUAGGUUCCUCAGAAUUGUAGCCUGUCACACCGCAAACCACCGCAACAGAAAAGGAAGUAGAAAAGAGCAGCUAUUUUGUGCCCUGUAUAAUAGCAUAGGCAAGGUGUUGAGUCCUCAGCUACUUCUAUUGCUGACACUGCUCAACUUUAAAAAAACAAACAAACAAACAACUAUGUAUUAUAUUUUGUGAACAGUUGAAGAAAAUGAAAUUUUAUUCAAAGAAAAAGUAUGAAGAUUAGUUAUUUAUGAGAAAACAAAGAAAUGUCUAUUUUUGUUUGUCUCUUUGUUCCUAAUCCUGGUAGAGCAAAAUAAAAAUAAGGGGGGAAAUGAGA